UCUAGUUACCUCCUCACAUCCAUGAUUUACAAGGCCUUUCAAUUACCAUUCAAAAAAUUUCAUGGACGUAUUCCAAUUUUAGUACAAAUUCUUGUUGAUUCCCCUAAUUACAAACAUCACCAAUCUUAUCUGACUACGAUGCCUCUAUUUAAUUAUUUAUUUCCCUAUUCGCCGAAGCCCCAAAGCCACUUCACUGCCGAUCUUCCGAAUCUCCAGUAAUCCCUUCAACACUUGAAUCAUUUGAAAUUCGCGGGAAAUUCACAAAUACUUGGGUCUCCUAAGAAUAAUACCAUCUGCUGCUGGCGGUGAUCCGGACUCACCCGCGUUCGUUUUGAAGAACCACAACAUAUCUACUCGGAUUUGCUUCAACCUUAUUUUGGGAGUUUUUCUCUGUAGCAAGUCAUUUGACAACCGUUUGUAUAGACUGAAGGAGCAUAGUAAUUGGGGUUAAUUUAACGCUGUCUUUUUCAAGAGAAUGAAGAUAUUGGAAGGCAAUGCCGGUGCACUUACAAAUUUUGAAGUGCUUGAUUUUCUACGAUCCAGGGGUGCUUCGAAGGAUCCGACACGAGUUCUUGUUCCAGUGGCACAAUCUGAGUUCAAGGUUUAUGAUUAUUUGGUGGAGAGUGGUGCUUGCAAUCAAACAAGAGAGAGUGUCAAUGAAUUUUUUGAGAAGUGUAAAAAAUUCAAACUUGCAAAAGCUGAGAUGCUGAAUAUUAUCAACAUUCGGCCUUCCUCUUUAGUUGAAAUAGACUCGGUUAUAGAGCAAUCCGACACUCGUUUUGAUGAAGAGCAACUAGAAGAGUUAGUAGACCUGGCUGUAACAUUGCUCCCACCUCAUCCAAACCAAACAAUCAUUGAAGAAGGGACUAAUGAGAAUGAAGGACCUGCAGAAGGGGCUAAUGAAAAUGAACAAGGAACUGCAGAAGGGGAUCAGGUUGGUGAGGAUCAAAAAGGGACAUCAGACGGUGAAGAAAUAGGAGAUGUUGAAAAAAUGGAUGACAGUUGA